GAAAAAACCCAUCUUUUUCCUUCCAUCAUCAUUGCAAGUUUCAAUUUAUUCACCCUCCCUCUAAAUUUCAGUCGCAAGCAUAUUUCUUUAAGUUUCAGCCUGCCAUUCACCAGAGCUUAUAAACCCUUUGUUUUCAGUUGCUGCAUUAAGAUUUUUAUAAAUGGUAUCCAAUUCUCUCACUUCCUCACGUAGCUCUAGUUCCUCCUGGACACCUAAGCAAAACAAAAUGUUCGAGAAGGCUCUGGCUAAAUAUGACCAGGACACUCCAGACCGCUGGAUUAAUAUUGCUAAGGCUGUGGGCGGAAAGUCUGCUGAGGAAGUCAAGCAGCACUAUGAGAUCCUAGUCAGGGAUGUCAAAGACAUCGAGUCUGGCCGGUACCCUUAUCCAUAUCCAAGUGGGAGCAGCAACUGAAGCAGUGAGGAAUCAAAGA